UCUGAUCCCUAACCCUGCAACCAAAAAGUGCUAAAACCCUUCGGGUCAGAUAACAGCUCAUCGGCAUCGCUACCGAAGCUCCUGCAAAAUCUUGCAGAGUAUUGAGCACAUGCCUGACUGUUCGUCAAAUCCUAAGGUAAUACUUCAUCCAAAGACUCCAUAUUUAUUUGUGUUUACCUGGAAAUCUGGGCGUUUUAUGCUCUCUAGCAAUCACUAGGGUUGGAAUCUCUUCAAAUUUGCCAUGACCCAUUUGCAGAAACUCAGAUUAGCAUCUCUUCUCAACUGGGUUUCUUCGAAUUUGUUCAAAAACCGUGUUGGAUCAUCACCAAUCCCAUUUCAUCCGAUUGGGUAUGUCUGCAAUGCCCCAAUCUUUAGAAUGUACCGAACCAAUGGAGCUUCUGAAAUUGAGGAUUCUGAAAAUUCGUAUAAAGCUUCGAGUGGUAAGGGAAAAAAUGCUGGACGAAUUUCUUGUUCCAUUCGCAAAGAAGCUGAAGAUGCAUUGUUGGAUUAUUUGCACGGUACUAGAGGGUUGCAGUUCACGGAUGCAGAGAAUAUGAGUAAGAACUCGCCUCUGUUUCUGGACAAGCUUCUGAAACAGGUUGACAUUGAAAAAGAAAUUCCUGCCACAAAGAAUAAUCAGAAAGAAAUUGGGCGAGCAAUUGCGCGGUUCUUGCGUUACCACCCUAUUAACGAAUUUGAGCCUUUCUUUGAGAGCUUGGGUUUGAAGCCUUCUGAGUAUUCUCCGCUUCUUCCACGCAGUUUGACGUUUUUGACCGAUGAUAAGUUAUUGGUGCACAAUUAUACUGUACUAUGUCAUUAUGGGAUUGCGCGCAGUAAGAUAGGAAAGAUUUACAAGGAAUCGACAGAAGUCUUUCGAUAUGAUUUUGAGGUUUUGACAUCGAAACUUAAAGCUUAUGAAGAACUAGGUCUUAGCCAAUCUAGUUUUGUUAAGUUUAUAGUUGCUACUCCUUGUCUUGUAAUUGGGGAUGUAAAUGUUGAAUUUGUUAAGGUAUUGGAAAAAUUACAGAGUUUUGGAUUUGAAACCAAUUGGAUUGAGGGGAAUCUGUCUACUGAUAAUUCUCAUAAUUUUCACCGGAUGCUUGAAGUUCUAAGUUUGUUUAGUGAGAUGGGUUGCAGCAACGAACAGUUGGGUCAAUUGAUUGGCCAGCACCCAGAUAUUUUGUUUGACGGUUCAGGUGAAAGGACGCUUUCACUAAUUGGGUUCUUUCUGAAAUUUGGAUCCACAAAAAGCCACCUAUGCUUAAUAUUUCUGCAAUUUCCACAGAUUCCAGUUGUGAAAUUUGUUUCAAAUUUGAGACAAUGCAUUUUGUUCCUGAAUGAAAUUGACAUGAAGGUUGCAGAUAUUGGGAAGUUUGUCCUUACCCACACCCUGCUUCUUGGUUCUUGUUCUUUGAAAAAAACCGUCAGCUUACUCACUAACUUGAACACCGGGAAGAAAAGAUUGUGUAUAUACAUCCAGGAGAACCCACAAGAACUGAAGAAUUGGGUUUUGGGUAAAAGAGUUCAGCCAUUUCCAGACUCGGGAGAUGACCUUAGAUCAAAGACACAAAAGAUUAAGUUUUUGUUUGAUGUAGGAUUUGUAGACAACUCAGACAAUAUCAAAGAAGCACUGAAAGCAUUUCGAGGCAAGGGAGAGGAGCUUCAGGAAAGAUUUGAUUGUAUUGUUAAAGCUGGUUUGAGUCCAGAGGAUGUCUGUACAAUGAUUAAAAUAAGCCCUCAAAUUCUUAACCAGACAAAGGAUAUCAUCAAAGAGAAGAUUGAUUUUCUUGUAAAUCGAUUGGGUUACCCCAUAUCGACUUUGGUGACCUUCCCAAGAUAUCUUUCCCAUAAGAUCGAAAGUGUCCAGCUUAGAAUACUGAUGUACAAUUGGCUCAAAGAUCAUGGAACAGUUGAUCCUCGGCUUUGCUUGAGCACUAUUGUUUCUUGCUCAGAUAAAAGUUUUAUGACUUCUUAUGUAAAUCGUCAUCCUAGUGGUCCUCAAGUGUUGGAGGAUUUGAAGAAUGAAAUUCAUUCCAAGAAUUAAGCUAUUCAUUGCCUUUUCUGUUAUGGUUCUUUCUGCAUUGUUCAUUAUUCUUAAGUUGAUAGUUGAUACUAACAUACUUCUUCCUGUUUCUUUCACUUGCGGAGAUUUUCUUAGCGUUACAAAACAAGAAGGCACAUACGAGUUAAAUACAGCAAAAAGUUUUUAGCUACCGGAUUAGUGUAAGUGUGGGUACUUCUGGACGUAUUAAUUGUUCAUGUUCUGCGUAGAUGCUAGAUCAGUUUAUUUUUAUAUCGAAGUGAUAUAAUAAUUUUCUAUAUAAUGUAAUGCAUUUUCUGUUUAUUCCCUCUCUCUUUUAAUGUGAAAAGUUUAUCUUUAUCUUGUUGAUUAUGAGUUCAUGAGUGCAUCUCCACCAUACACAACCAAUUGGCACUUCCAAGUUCAUAGUAGUUCAGUUUAAAAUGGCUUAUCGUCGUGAUCCUGAAAACUUCCCAGUUUGACUUCGUUAUCAAACUUUAAGCUGUAUCUUCUUUAACCGAGGUUUUACUGUUCUAAUCAAAUUUGAAAUUCUUGGGUAUGUGUUUCUGAAAACGGAUGAAGGGUAAAUGAUAACCUGCAUAUGUGGCUUAUGCUUGCUGAAACUUACCAGGGCAUAAUUAUUGGAUUGGUGGGAGUCUCUGGUGAAAGCAUAUGAAGAGUUAUGCAUUCACCUGUUUCUUCGAAUUUUGUUGAAGUUUGGAAGUAUAUAUCGCACUCUUGAUGGUGUACAGGAUUUCAGAACUGACGUGCUGGUGGUUCGGUUACUGCUCAACAGAUUUUGUUCAUGCCUUAAAACAUUUUAAAGCAUUCAUAAACAUAUCCACUGUAUCCGUUCGAAAAAUCAGAGAUAUCUUGUUCAACGAUUAAGAGCAAUUAACGCCAGCGUUGGGUGGGCGGCUAACUCUGAUUUAGAUCCCAAGCUUUACACACCUUGAAGCUCUAUGAAAUUGUUGCAAAUUGAACGUUGCCUUGAUCCUGAAUUUUGGAAUUUUGAGUAUAUGCCUUUGAAAAGUUAAAUGGUGCUAGUGUCAAUUAAUGCAGUA